AUGGGCACUGGUGAGUAGAACAAUCCAACAGAAAGAGAGCGAGAGGGCGGGAGGGAGGGAGAGAGUGAGAGAGAGAGAGAGAAAGAGUAUAUACUCUUCUCUCCAUCAUGGAGAUAACAUAACAACAGCAACAGAACACCACAAGCACUACCCAAGCUUGACUUACGUAGUUAAUGAACAUUGUGCACCAUCACUUCAAUUACCUCUACCUAUAAUCCAGACCUAGAUAUUCUUGAAAAACAGAUAUUUUGGGGAUUGUGAGACACUGUGAUUUGAAGUGGACUGGGUGUUUGAGAUAUGUGUGAUUUAGACAUUUUAAGGUCACUGACUGUGCAUUCCAUGUUGGAAAUAUUAGAGCUUUCAGUCCCAGCACUUCACUUAAAAACAUGUUUACUUCCUUUCUCUCUUUUCUCUAUCCAGUGCGUCUCCAUGACAGCAUCUCAGAGGAAGGGCAUCACUACCUGAUCUUUGACCUGUGAGUAAUGCAAUGCAGUAAAUAUAUUUCCUGCACUAUUCAUGUCCUCACACACACAGUGGGAAUGAUUGACAUUAAUGACACAAUAAUUCUUCCAGGCUGAGAGGUGGCUUGAUGUGAGUCCUAAUCACACUCGGCACAACAGCCUGUAUGAGACAGAACCACAGUAAAUGCAUAUCUACCACUGAGCUAGGCAGUGUGCAGAGGUCCUGAUUUCAAUAAGUAAAUUUCCUCAGUAAGCUAUACACCAGGGGUCCCUAACUAUAUUCAGCCACGGGCUGAGAGGAUGGUCGGGGGGCCGGAACAUAUACACUACCAGUCAAAAGUUUGGACACACCUACUCAUUCCAGGGGUUUUCUUUAUUUUUACUAUUUUCUACAUUGUAGAAUAAUAGUGAAGACAUCAAAACUAUGAAAUAACACACAUGGAAUCAUGUAGUAACCAAAAAAUUGUUAAACAAAUCAAAAUAUAUUUUAUAUUUGAGAUUCUUCAAAGUAGCCACCUUUUGCCUUGAUGACAGCUUUGCACACUCUUGGCAAUCUCUCAACCAGCUUCAUGAGGUAAUCACCUGGAAUGCAUUUCAAUUAACAGGUGUGCCUUGUUAAAAGUUAAUUUGUGGAAUUUCUUUCCUUCUUGGCGUUUGAGCCAAUCAGUUGUGUUGUGACAAGUUAGGGGUGGUAUACAGAAGAUAGCCCUAUUUGGCCCAAGUCCAUAUUAUGGCAAGAACAACUCAAAUAAGCUAAGAGAAAUGACAGUCCAUCAUUACUUUAAGACAUGUUCAGUCAAUUUGGAAAAUGUCAAGAACUUUGAAAGUUUCUUCAAGUGCAGUCGCAAGAACCAUCAAGCGCUAUGAUGAAACUGGCUCUCAUGAGGACUGCCACAGGAAUGGAAGACCCAGAGUUACCUCUGCUGCAGUGGAUAAAUUCAUUAGAGUUAACUGCACCUCAGAUUGCAGCCCAAAUAAAUGCUUCACAGAGUUCAAGUAACAGACAAAUCUCAACAUCAACUGUUCAGAGGAGACUGCGUGAAUCAGGCCUUUCAUGGUCGAAUUGCUGCAAAGAAACCACUACUAAAGGACACCAAUAAGACGAAGAGACCUGCUUGGGCCAAGAAACAUGAGCAAUGGACAUUAGACUGAUGGAAAUCUGUCCUUUUGUCUGAUGAGUCCAAAUUUGAGAUUUUUGGUUCCAACCGCCGUGUCUUUGUGAAAAGCAGAGUAGGUGAACGGAUGAUCUCCGCAUGUGUGGUUCCCACCAUGAAGCAUGGAGGAGGAGGUGUGAUGGUGUGGGGAUGCUUUGCUUGUGACACUGUCUGUGAUUUAUUUAGAAUUCAAGGCACACUUAACCAGCAUGGCUACCACAGCAUUCUGUAGCGAUACGUCAUCCCAUCUGGUUUGCGCUUAGUGGGACUAUCAUUUGUUUUUCAACAGGACAAUGACCCAAAAUACACCUCCAGGCUGUGUAAGGGCUAUUUGACCAGGAAGGAGAGUGAUGGAGUGCUGCAUCAGAUGACCUGGCCUUCACAAUCACCCAACCUCAACCCAAUUGAGAUGGUUUGGGAUGAGUUGGACCGCAGAGAAAAGCAGCCAACAAGUGCUCAGCAUAUGUUGGAACUCCUUCAAGACUGUUGGAAAAGCAUUCCAGGUGACUACCUCAUGAAGCUGGUUGUGAGAAUGUAAAGCUGUCAUCAAGGCAAAGGGUGGCUACUUUGAAGAAUCUAAAAAUCUAAAAUAUAUUUUGAUUUGUUUAACACUUUUUUGGUUACUAUAGAUUCCAUAUGUGUUAUUUCAUAGUUUUGAUGGUCGUCACUAUAUUCUACAAUGUAGGAAAAUAGUAAAAUACAGAAAAACCUUGAAUGAGUAGGUGUGGUCAAACUUCUCGAUGGUACUGUAUAUAUAUAUACAGUAUAAUACAUAUAUUUUUUGUAUAAUAUUUUUUUAUUUUAUUAAAAUUGUUAUUGUCUUUAUUUAGAUUUACAUUUACAUCAUUUAGCAGACGCUCUUAUCCAGAGCGACUUACAAAGGUGCAUUCAACUUCUGAUAGCCAGUGGGACAACCACUUUUUCUUCUCUUUUUUUUAAUGGGGUGAUUGUAUUUGGCCCCCCAAGUUUUCUGAGUAAAAUAAAUAAAUAUACACUACCGUUCAAAAGUUUGGGGUCGCUUAGAAAUGUCCUUGUUUUCCAUGAAAACACACAUGAAAUGAGUUUGAAUAGGAAAUAUAUCAAAAUGAAUAGGAAAUGUAGUCAUUGACAAGGUUAGAAAUAAUGAUUUUUAAUUGAAAUAAUAAUUGUGUCCUUCAAACUUUGCUUUUGUCAAAGAAUCCUCCAUUUGCAGCAAUUACAGCCUUGCAGACCUUUGGCAUUCUAGUUGUCAAUUUGUUGAGGUAAUCUGAAGAGAUGUCACCCCAUGCUUCCUGAAGCACCUCCCACAAUUUGGAUUGGCUUGAUGGGCACUUCUUACGUACCAUACAGUCAAGCUACUCCCACAACAACUCAAUAGGGUUGAGAUCCGGUGACUGUGCUGGCCACUCCAUUAUAGACAUACCAGCUGACUGAUUCUUCCCUAAAUAUUUAUUGCAUAGUUUGGAGCUGUGCUUUGGGUCAUUGUCCUGUUGUAGGAGGAAAUUGGCUCCAAUCAAGAGCCGUCCAUAGGGUAUGGCAUGGCGUUGCAAAAUGGAGUGAUAGCCUUCCUUCUUCAAGAUCCCUUUUACCCUGUACAAAUCUCCCACUUUACCACCACCAUAGCACCCCCAGACAAUCACAUUGCCUCCACCAUGCUUGACAGAUGGCAUCAAGUACUCCUCCAGCAUCUUUUAAUUUGGUCUGCGUCUCAUAAAUGUUCUUCUUUGUGAUCCGAACACCUCAAACUUCGAUUCGUCUGUCCAUAACACUUUUUCCCAAUCUUCCUCUGUCCAGUGUCUGUGUUCUUUUGCCCAUCUUAAUCUUUUAUUUUUAUUGGCCAGUCUGAGAUAUGGCUUUUUCUUUGCAACUUUUUCUCAGCAUCCCGGAGUCGCCCCUUCACUGUUGACGUUGAGACUGGUGUUUUGCGGGUACUAUUUAAUGAAGCUGCCAGUUGAGGACCUGUGAGGCGUCUGUUUCUCAAACUAGACACUCUAAUGUAUUUGUCCUCUUGCUCAGUUGUGAACCGGGGCCUCCCACUCCUCUUUCUAUUCUGGUUAGAGCCAGUUUGCGCUGUUCUGUGAAGGGAGUAGUACACAGCGUUGUACAAGAUCUUCAGUUUCUUGGCAAUUUUUCGCAUGGAAUAGCCUUAAUUUCUCAGAACAAGAAUAGACUGACGUGUUUCUGGCCAUUUUGAGCCUCUAAUCGAACCAACAAUUGCUGAUGCUCCAGAUACUCAACUAGUCUCAAGAAGGCCAGUUUUAUUGCUUCUUUAAUCAGCACAACAGUUUUCAGCUGUCCUAACAUAAUUGCAAAAGGGUUUUCGAAUGAUCAAUUAGCCUUUUAAAAUGAUAAACUUGGAUUAGCAAACACAACGUGCCAUUGGAACACAGAACUGAUGGUUGCUGAUAAUGGGCCUCUGUACGCCUAUGUAGAUGUUCCAUAAAAAAUCAGCAGUUUCCAGCUACAAUAGCCAUUUACAACAUUAACAAUGUCUACACUGUAUUUCUGAUCAAUUUGAUGUUAUUUUAAUGGACGAAAAAAAUGCUUUUCUUUCGAAAACAAGGACAUUUCUAAGUGACCCAAACUUUUGAAUAGCGUAGUUUAUGAAAUGUUAUGUUAGAGUUAUUUAAAGAGUAACUAUUUAUUUAUAUUAUUGUUGGAUAAGAUAUAUAAAGACUGUCAAAAACAAACAGAAACAGUCAUUCGGAAGAUUCGUCCUUCCCUUUUUCCAUAUUUUGUUACGUUACAGCAUUAUUCUAAAAUUGAUUAAAUAGUUUUUUUCCCCCCUCAUCAAUCUACACACAAUACCCCAUAAUGACAUAGCAAAAAACAGGUUUUUAGACUUUUUUGCUAAUUUAAAAAAUAUGAAAAGCUGAAAUAUCACAUUUACAUAAGUAUUCAGACCCUUAACUCAGUACUUUGUUGAAGCACCUUUGGCAGCGAUUACAAGCUUGGCACACCUGUAUUUGGGGAGUUACUUCCAUUCUUCUCCGCAGAUCCUCUCAAGCUCUGUCAGGUUGGAUGGGGAGCGUUGCUGGACAGCUAUUUUUAGGUCUCUCCAGAGAUGUUUGAUCGGGUUCAAGUCCGGGCUCUGGCUGGGCCACUCAAGGACCUUCAGAGACUUAUCCCGAAGCCACUCCUGCGUUGUCUUGGCUGUGUGCUUAGGGUCAUUGUCCUGUUGGAAGGUGAACCUUCACCCCAGUCUGAGGUCCUGAGUGCUCUGGAGCAGGUUUUCUCCGUACUAGGAUCUCUCUGUACUUUUCUCCGUUCAUCUUUCCCUCGAUCCUGACUAGUCUCCCUGUCCCUGCCGCUGAAAAACAUCCCCACAGCAUGAUGCUGCAACCACCAUGCUUCACAGUAGGGAUGGUGCCAGGUUUCUUCCAGACGUGACGCUUGGCAUUCAGGCCAAAGAGAUCAAUCUUGGUUUCAUCAGACCAGAGAAUCUUGUUUCUCAUGGUCUGAAAGUCCUUUAGGUGCCUUUUGGCAAACUCCAAGCGGGCUGUCAUGUGCCUUUUACUGAGGAGUGGCUUCCGUCUGGCCACACUACCAUAAAGGCCUGAUUGGUGGAGUGUUGCAGAGAUGGUUGUCCUUCUGGAAGAUUCUCCCAUCUCCACAGAGGAACUCUGGAGCUUUGUCAGAGUGAGCAUCGGGUUCUUGGUUACCUCCCUGACCAAGGCCCUUCUCCCCCGAUUGCUCAGUUUGCCGGCCGGCCAGCUCUAGGAGAGUCUUGGUGGUUCCAAACUUCUUCCAUUUAAGAAUGAUGUAGGCCACUGUGUUCUUGGGGACCUUCAAUGCUGCAGAAAUGUGUUGGUACCCUUCCCCAGAUCGGUGCCUUGACACAAUCUUGUCUCGGAGCUCUAAGGACAAUUCCUUCGACCUCAUGGCUUGUUUUUUGCUCUGACAUGCAUUGUCAACUGUGGGACCUUAUAUAGACAGGUGUGUGCCUAUCCAAAUCAUGUCCAGUCAAUUGAAUUUACCACAGGUGGAUUCCAAUCAAGUUGUAGAAACAUCUCAACGAUGAUCAAUGGAAACCGGAUGCACUUGAGCUGAAUUUUGAGUCUCAUAACCAAGGGUCUGAAUACUUAUGUAAAUGAGGUAUUUCUGUUUUUUACUUUUAAUAGAUUUGAAAAAAUGUCUAAAAACCUGUUUUCAUUUUGUCAUUAUGGGGUAUUGUGUGUAGAUUGAUGAGGAUUUUAUUUAUUUAAUCAAUUUUAGGAUAAGCCUGUAACGUAACAAAAUGUGGAAAAAGGUAAGGGGUCUGAAUACUUUCCAAAUGCACUGUAUAUGUGAUCGUAUAUACAGUUGAAGUCGGAAGUUUACAUACUACUUAGCAAAAUACAUUUAAACUAGUUUUCACAAUUACUGACAUUUAAUCCUAGUAAAAAUUCCCUGUCUUAGGUCAGUUAGGAUCACCACUUUAUUUUAAGAAUGUGAAAUGUCAGAAUAAUAGUAGACAUAAUUUUCCUUCCUCAUGAUGCCAUCUAUUUUGUGAAGUGCACCAGUCCCUCCUGCAGCAAAGCACCCCCACAGCAUGAUGCUGCCACCCCCGUGCUUCACGGUUGGGAUGGUGUUCUUCAGCUUGCAAUCAUUCCCCUUUUUCCUCCAAACAUAACGAUGGUCAUUAUGGCCAAUCAGUUCUAUUUUUGUUUCAUCAGACCAGAGGACAUUUCUCCAAAAAGUACGAUCUUCGUUCCCAUGUGCAGUUGCAAACCGUAGUCUGGCUUUUUUAUGGCGGUUUUGGAGCAGUGGAUUCUUCCUUGCUGAGCUGCCUUUCAGGUUAUGUCGAUAUAGGACUCAUUUUACUGUAGAUUUUUUUGUACCUGUUUCCUCCAGCAUCUUCACAAGGUCCUUUGCUGUUGUUCUGAGAUUGAUUUGCACUUUUCGCACCAAAGUAUGUUCAUCUCUAGGAGACAGAACGCGUCUCCUUCCUGAGUGGUGUGACGGCUGCGUGGUCCCAUGGUGUUUAUACUUGCGUACUAUUGUUUGUACAGAUGAACGUGGUACCUUCAGGCGUUUGGAAAUUGCUCCCAAGGAUGAACCAGACUUGUGGAGGUCUACACAUUUUUUGCUGAGGUCUUAGCUGAUUUCUUUUGAUUUUCCGAUGAUGUCAAGCAAAGAGGCACUGAGUUUGAAGGUAGGCCUUGAAAUACAUCCACAGGUACACCUCCAAUUGACUCAAAUUAUGUCAAUUAGCCUAUCAGAAGCUUCUAAAGCCAUGACAUCAUUUUCUGGAAUUUUCCAAGCUGUUUAAAGGCACAGUCAACUUAGUGUAUGUAAACUUCUGACCCCCUGGAAUUGUGAUACAGUGAAUUAUAAGUGAAAUAAUCUGUCUGUAAACAAUUGUUGGAAAAAUUACUUGUGUCAUGCACAAAGUAGAUGUCCAAACCAACUUGCCAAAACUAUAGUUUGUUAACAAGAAAUGUGUGGAGUGGUUGAAAAACAAGUUUUAAUGACUCCAACCUAAGUGUAUGUAAACUUCCGACUUCAACUGUAAAUGUAAGCAAGGUUUGAAAUUAUUAUGUUUUAGUCAACUAUUAUAUAUGUUUGGGCUUCUUGUGGUCUAUUUGCGGUCCACAAAUUAUUUGUAAUUAUUUUCCAGCCCCCUGACCAUCUGCUCAAGAACAAAAUCGUCCCACUGCUGAAUCUAGUUGAUGAUCCCUGCCAUAGUGUUGAGGUUGCUUCGUAUUCUCUGAGUGCACCAAAAUAUAUGAGUUCUUUAAAAAUCACUCUAAUAUGCAUUUUAAACACUCAACUGUUGUAAUAUCUUUCAAUGCCUUUCUAGGAACGUUUGAUUUCAGUCUGCUCAACAGUGAUUACAGUCCCCUGCAGGUGUUGAACGCUUUUCAUUAAUGAAACUGGAAAUAUAUUAAAGAAACUGGAAUUAUAUUACAGGAACAGGAAUUAUAUUACAGAAACUGGAAUUAUAUUACAGAAACUGGAAUUAUAUUACAGAAACUGGAAUUAUAUUACAGAAACUGGAAUUAUAUUACAGAAACUGGAAUUAUAUUAAAGAAACUGGAAUUAUGUUACAGAAACUGGAAUUAUAUUACAGAAACUGGAAUUAUAUUACAGAAACUGGAAUUAUAUUAAAGAAACUGGAAUUAUAUUACAGAAACUGGAAUUAUAUUACAGAAACUGGAAUUAUAUUACACUAACGGGAAAUGUCUUUAUAUUGUACCUUCAAGAGAAUUCUUCUUGCAUCGGUAACGAGGCGUCUUCUUUUAGCUUCCUGUUAAGUGUCUCUGAAUGAAAAAGGACAGCUUUGUGAGUGUGACGAUGAGCAGCAUGACAAAGUGUUGCGUAAGAAGAUCUUAAUGACCCUCCUGAACAGCUAAUCAAAUGGCUACCCGGACCCCCUCUUUUACGCUGCUGCUACUCUCUGUUUAUUAUCUAUGCAUAGUCACUUUAACUAUACCUACAUGUACAUAUUACCUCAAUUAUCUUUAUCUUGGCCAGGUCGCAGUUGUAAAUGAGAACUUGUUCUCAACUGGCUUACCUGGUUAAAUAAAGGUUAAAUAAAAAAUUAAUAAAAAAUUACCUGGACUAACCGGUGCCCCCGCACAUUGACUCUGUACCGGUACCCCCUGUAUAUAGCCUUGCUACUGUUAUUUUUACUGUUAUUUUACUGCUUUUAUUUUUUACUUAUCUAUUGUUUACUUAACACUUAUUUUUCUUAAAACUGCAUUGUUGGUUAAGGGCUUGUAAGUAAGCAUUUCACUGUAAGGUCUACACAUUCAGUGCAUGUGACAAAUAAUAUUUGAUUUGAUUUGACAAUGCAAGUUGUUCUUAACUCAUCUGAAACAGCAGGAUAGUGUUUAGAAGCAGUCCCUUGCUAUAGAUUCACUUUGAUUAUAGUGCCCAUAUCAGAAAGAUCACAUUUUCUUAAUUCUUUGGGAUCAAAAACAGACAAAAAUGAGAGACUAAGAAAAACGAAAUUCCCUUUGAUAGUCUUUAAAGCUGACACAUUUAGUAGCAAUCUCCUUCGUCAGAGCCCAAUCAAUUUGUACUAGCAGGUUUAUGAGAUAGGCCUACAAAUAUCAGACUUUAUCUACUUAUUAUUCUGAGUGUAUAUUUGUUUACAUAAUUCAUACUGUAUAUCUAGCGAUACUUGGUCAGUGUGUGCCAGUCUAUGUGUUUAUUCUAUGAAGGCAUGACUGGGUAACAUUUAGCUGUCUCCUAGUAUCCUGUGAAGCAUGACUGGUUAACAUUUAGCUGUCUCCUAGUAUCCUGUGAAGGCAUGACUGGGUAACAUUUAGCUGUCUCCUAGUAUCCUGUGAAGGCAUGACUGGGAAACAUUUAGCUGUCUCCUAGUAUCCUGUGAAGGCAUGACUGGGUAACAUUUAGCUGUCUCCUAGUAUCCUGUGAAUGCAUGACUGGGUUAACAUUUAGCUGUCUCCUAGUAUCCUGUGAAGGCAUGACUGGGUAACAUUUAGCUGUCUCCUAGUAUCCUGUGAAGGCAUGACUGGGUAACAUUUAGCUGUCUCCUAGUAUCCUGUGAAUGCAUGACUGGGUAACAUUUAGCUGUCUCCUAGUAUCCUGUGAAUGCAUGACUGGGUAACAUUUAGCUGUCUCCUAGUAUCCUGUGAAUGCAUGACUGGGUAACAUUUAGCUGUCUCCUAGUAUCCUGUGAAUGCAUGACUGGGUAACAUUUAGCUGUCUCCUAGUAUCCUGUGAAGCAUGACUGGGUAACAUUUAGCUGUCUCCUAGUAUCCUGUGAAUGCAUGACUGGGUAACAUUUAGCUGUCUCCUAGUAUCCUGUGAAUGCAUGACUGGUAACAUUUAGCUGUCUCCUAGUAUCCUGUGAAUGGCAUGACUGGGUAACAUUUAGCUGUCUCCUAGUAUCCUGUGAAUGCAUGACUGGGUAACAUUUAGCUGUCUCCUAGUAUCCUGUGAAUGCAUGACUGGGUAACAUUUAGCUGUCUCCUAGUAUCCUGUGAAUGCAUGACUGGGUAACAUUUAGCUGUCUCCUAGUAUCCUGUGAAGGCAUGACUGGGUAACAUUUAGCUGUCUCCUAGUAUCCUGUGAAGCAUGACUGGGUAACAUUUAGCUGUCUCUAGUAUCCUAGAUCCUGUGAUGUAUUGUACAAUAGUUUCCUUUUUACAUGCAUGACUUUACAUUUGAGUCCUUGUAUCGUCCAUGUCAACACAUUGUGUCUCCAGUUAUUUGAUACAUUUACCCAAAUUUGGGCGGAUGGUAAAUUGCUGCAAUUACAUGAUGGAACCAAAUCUAUCUCUGCAAUAUGUAAAGCUGAUCUCCUCUAUCCUGAAGGCAUAAGAAAACAUUUAGUGUCUCCUAGUAUUGAAAGGUGGGUAAUUUCUCUCCUGUAUCCUGUGGCAUGACUGGGAACAUUUAGCUGUCUCCUAGUAUCCUGUGAAGGCAUGACUUGACAACAUUUAGCUGUCUCCUAGUAUCCUGUGAACGCAUGACUGGGUAACAUUUAGCUGUUACUUAGAGUGUCCUGUUGAGGAUUCAUACUCUCAAAGUCUGAACUUUGCAACAGGGAGACAACUGCUUGGUUUUUGUCAAUGAUGUUCCUUUUCACACAUCAGACAUUUACAUUUGGAGGUGCCUGUUAGGUUCCAUGUCAACACACAGUUGUCUCCCAGUUAUUUGAUAUAUUUACCCAAAAAUAUAUGGGGGAUUGGAAAUGAUGCAGACAAUUACACUGAUGGAAGCCACAAUCUAUCUGCAAUAUUAAAGCUGAUCUAACCCCCCCCCCCCCCAAAAGAAAAAACACAAAAAAAAACACACAGUUGUCAGUGUGUCUCAGUGGCUGAUAUGGGGGUAUUGAGAAGGGUGUAUUUCUCUCACAUUGGCUCCAUGCUCUGGUGGCCACCUUCAUCCUCUGGCAGCCUAACAAUCCUCUCUCUUCCUCAGAGUGACGGGCGGGGAGCUCUUCGAAGACAUUGUUGCUCGAGAGUACUACAGCGAGGCUGACGCCAGGUCAGUGAAACCACCUCACAAAACUCCCAUAAUACACCCAAACACAGAUUCGUAACAAAGCAAUUUAGAGAUUUCAACGUAAGAAUUUUCACUGUAACAUGUAUUCAUUGAAUUAUACAGAGGUCACAGCACUCCCAAACCAGAGAUUGGAGAGGAUCUAAAGGCAUAUAUAUAGAACCCUGAUAUACUGUAUAUUGUCUACAGUGGUGGUCGUAUAUAUAUAUGAUAUACUGUAUAUUGUCUUAAGAUGAGUGAGGACGAUAAUUGUUUUAUGAGCAUGGCCUUAUUUCUUUUACAGCAUAUUGGAUAACUGUCAUUCAUAUUCCAUUCACCCAGUUCAAUGUAAUAAUAUCGAUAGGUUUAGGCUACUACAUGAUACUCACAUUUUCCCUAUACCCAUCAUGAGCUUGCUACGACCUAGCCUAUGAGUGAAAGUUUACAACGUAGGUGCACAGGUCGAGAUAAAUUGAAGUAAUCAAGGUGACAGACAUUGACAAUAUUCAAUACCGCCUUGCACACUCUUGCCUGCAUGUAGCUGAUCUAGGAUGCAAUCAUUAGUCCAACAGUUGCAAACGAGAGUUUCUAUUGGACAAAUUCCCCUACCUACAAGUACAAAUUACCUUGACUAACCUGUACCCCCGCACAUUGACUCGGUACCGGUAUUGUGUUACUUUUUACAAUUUAAAAUUUUACUCUAGUUUAUUUAGUAAAUAUUUUCUUAACUCUAUUUUCUAAAAACUGCAGUGUUGGUUAAGGGCUUGUAAGUAAGCAUUUCACGGUAAGGUCUUACACCUGUUGUAAUCGGCGCAUGUGACAAAUACAAUUUGAUUUGAUUUGAUGUUUAUCACCGUUUCGUUUGCUUCCAUUUAAGAAACAUUUUUCAACAGAAUCGGCAGAAUGAAUACACCCCUGAUCACAUGCAAACACAGUUCAAUUUCAUAGCAGCCACAUACAAACAGCAUGAUCGUUGUAUUCCUACUCGCAUAUACGUGCUCUCCUCCUCUCACCUUUUUCCUUUGCUUGUGGACUUCAGUGCACAACACAUCAUCUUUCUGUGACCAGGCGAAAAAACCUAUCCAAGCCAAACCUUCAUAUCAUAACCGCUAACCGCUACACAGUCUACAUCGUUGUCACCAUAGUAACGUCAUAGUGAGAAUAGCUACUAGAACUAAUGCAUUAGUAAACCCUCUACAAUCAUGCAGUGCAGUGUACAGUCAGCCGUUGAUAAGCAGUCACACCGGCGGGCCUCAGUGGCAAUAUAUUAAUACAACCAAAAGCUUAACUUGACUUGGAAAAGUUCCAGUGUUGGAUAGCCAUAGCCAGCUAGCUAACAUAGCAGCCUUCUCUGUUUGAGCCGGGUGUUUGAGUAGGCUAAACUAGCUAGCUGCAUUCGCUAGCUAAGUAAGUGAAAGUGAAAAAAUAAAUACAACAAAAUAUAGCUAUCUCUCUCUCUCUCUCUCUCUCUCUCUCUCUCUCUCUCUCUCUCUCUCUCUCUCUCUCUCUCUCUCUCUCUCUCGCUUCUCCUUCAUUUAUAAAUAAAUACAUUUGUUCAAAACUGUUCAACUAUUGUCUUUCUCUCUCUUUGCGUCAACUACUCACCACAUUUUAUGCAGUGCUAGCUAGCUGUAGCUUAUGUUUUCAGUACUAGAUUCAUUCUCUGAUCCUUUGAUUGGGUGGACAACAUGUCAGUUCAUGCUGCAAGAGCUCUGAUAGGUCGGAGGACAUCCUCCAGAAGUUGUCAUAAUUACUGUGUAAGUCUAUGGAAGGGAGUGAGAACCACGUGCCUCCUAGGUUUUGUACUGAAGUCAAUGUACCUAGAGGAGGACGGAAAACUAGCUGUCCUCCGACUACACCAUGGUGCUACCCUACAGAGUGGUGUUGAGGCUAUUGUAGACCUUCAUUGCAAAACAGUGUGUUUUAAUCAAUUAUUUGGUAACGUGAAUAUAUUUAGUAUAGUUUUUAUCUAAAAAGAUCCAUUAUGCAGGUCCAUUAUUGGACUGUUCAUUUGGAUUGAACAGCUUUACCUCCAUAAGCCUAUUCAUGAUAGACUAUCUCCCCACUUCACCCAACACCAACUAUGGACUGGGCCAUUGAUUUGCAGUGACAGAGCGAAAGGGCUACAAAACAAAUUAAUGAACAGAAACAAAUGGAAACAGAUGGCUGUGGAGGUGUCCUCCCGUCAAUGUACACGCUUCGCCCGGGUUUAGCGUGUCAGUCUCUCUAUCUCUGCGGACCGGGUUCUCCCUGCUCCACGCUCCACUGCUUGAUUGACAGCUGAGUCUAGUUGCUAAUAAUCUUCCCACUGACUCCCAGCCAAACAUGCAAAAACUCAUCAGGCUUUGGCCCGUGCUACUGUGUUGAUCGACAGUUUAGGAAAAUGAAUGGCCAACUCUAACGCCUCUGUGUGGAUUUGUAUUGUUUUGGAGGUGCACAGGCCAUUUUAUCCAAAAUGCUGUGUGGAUUAAUGCUGAAGUGAAGCCCAUUUUCAAUAGCAUUCAAUUUAGCCUCUCCGACCUCUCAGCGCACUCAGCCUUUCAGUUCUCUCUCUCUCUCCUUUCAUAGUCAUUGCAUUCAGCAGAUUCUGGAGGCAGUGCUUCAUUGUCAUCAGAUGGGAGUCGUUCACAGAGACCUCAAGGUAAGAUUGAAUAAGGAAUAAAUGAAAAGUCACAGACUGUUUAUCCACUGCAAGAUAUCACUUUGAUGAUAUUGUUGUUAUUUGAUUGAUUUGAUCAAAAAUGGAUUUGAAUAUAAAUAAUCUGUACACUCUUAGAAAAAAGGGUUCUUCAGCUGUCCCCAUAGGAGAACCAUUUUUGGUUCCAAGUAGAACUCUUUUGGGUUCCAUGUAGAACCCUCUGUGUAAAGGGUUCCACGUUUACAUUUUAGUCAUUUAGCAGAUGCUCUUACAGGAGCAAUUAGGGUUAAGUGCCUUGCUUAAGGGCACAUCAACAGAUUUUUCACCUAGUCGGCUCGGGGAUUAGAACCAGCAACCUUUCGGUUACUGGCACAACACUCUUACCCACUAAGCUACAUGCCGCCCCAUGGAACCAAAAGGGUUUUACCUGGAACCAAAUAGGGUUAUUCAAAGGGUUAUCCUAUGGGGACAGCCAAAUAACCCUUUUAGGUUCCAGAUAGCACCUGUAUGCAGAGUGUAUGCAGAAACUUCAGAUGAUUUUUUUAAUUUUUAUUUUUUAUUAAUUUCAAACACAUUCAACCAUUCAUUUUAGCCAUCCAGGCUCUUUUUUAAUUUGAACCUUGAGGACACAUCUAUUUAUGUAAUGUUUGCUCCUCAGGCAGCAGAUAACAGGCCAACAGGCCAACCCUCUCUGCCAUGACUAGGGUUGCAAAAUUCCAGGAACUUUCAAUACAUUCCCUGGUUUUUCCAAAGUCCCGGUUGAAGGAUUCCCAGAGUCAGAAGGGAAUAAGCAGGACAUCUGGAAUUCUCCAUCCAGGAUUUCUGGAAAACCAGGGAAUUUAUUGAACGUUCCCAGAAUUUUGCAAUCGUAGCCAUGACUGUCAGAGAGGGAUUCAGCUGUAGGUAUGUGGACAUAAUAACAAAAGCCCAAUCAAACCAAUCAGAGCAUUCAGGGGACAUGCUGCUAGACCCUCUUCUGUCUUAAGUAAUUUCCCCUGCACACAGUUUGAUGAUUAUAAAAUAGGCAUUCACUUACAGUGCAACCACCAUCGAUCCACUGUUCUGUUGCCAACUUGCCAAGUACAGUACAUGUACUCCAUAUCUCAAUGUCAGCUCAAGGGACAAAUAAAAGAGUGGGGUUUCUAAAACCAAUUUAGGCCUACAGUAAAAGCGGCAACAAACCCUCACACCAUCUCCAUCACAUCGGACAGCAUUGACGUGUUCUAGAGUAUAUCUGCCCUGUUGUGGUGUCAAUGAGGGACAGAUCAAUCACAGGAUAGGUUCCAGUACUGUUUCAUUUAUUAAUACACAUAUUCAAGUACCGCUAUAUAUACCCACACUCUUUCAAAGGUACAUUUUUGUUCAUUCCAUCAUAUCUUUUAUUUUAUAUUUCUUACAGACUGCUUCAACACUCACUGUUAUUAUCAUGCACUAACAAAUGCUUGUACAAAGAGACACCCUUCUGCCCCACAGAUAAAUGUUCCAUUCACAUCGUUUCACAUCUGCCUCCCAGCACCUGGGAACUGAGGGAAGAUGGAGUGAUAAAAUGGAUUUGUGUGGGCUGCAAUGUUAGGUGUGUGUGUGUGUGUGUUUGUGUUUGCAUAUGUGUGCCUGCGUGCGUGCGUUCGUGAGUGCGUCUGGUGCGUGUCUGUGUUUAUCAGGGGGUGGAUAACAUCUAAUAGCAGCAGCAGUAGAGUGAUUGGCGGCGGGAGGUGGGGUGUUCAUUCCUCCAUCUGUGUGGGAUAGAAGUGGCUGGGUGGGUGGCUGUAUUUAUCAGAGCUCUGUCAUGCUGCAACAACACAAAGCCAUUAACACAAUUCAAUCAGGCCCAGCCUAGAAUCAUGUCUGUCUGCCACCGUAUCCCUACUUCUGCUCAGGCCUCCUGUCUCCUCUGGCUGACUGACUGCUGACUGACUGGCUGGCUGACUGACUAACUGACUGACUGACCUCUCUCUUUGUAUGCAGCCUGAAAACCUUCUGCUUGCCUCCAAGUCCAAGGGAGCUGCAGUGAAGCUGGCAGAUUUCGGCCUGGCCAUCGAGGUGGAGGGGGACCAACAAGCCUGGUUCGGUAAUGGCUGA